AUGAUGCAGAGCGCAGCUGUCCCCGCGGAGGGGGCUGUCAAGGGGCUCCCGGAGAUGCUUGGUGUGCCGAUGCAACAGAUCCCUCAGUGUGCCGGCUGCAACCAGCACAUCCUGGACAAGUUCAUCCUGAAGGUCCUGGACAGACACUGGCACAGCUCUUGCCUCAAGUGUGCAGACUGCCAGAUGCAGCUGGCGGACAGGUGCUUCUCCAGGGCCGGGAGCGUCUACUGCAAGGAAGACUUCUUCAAGCGCUUCGGCACAAAAUGCACGGCCUGCCAGCAGGGCAUCCCCCCGACCCAGGUGGUGCGCAAGGCGCAGGACUUCGUCUACCACCUGCACUGCUUCGCCUGCAUCAUCUGCAACCGGCAGCUGGCCACCGGGGACGAGUUCUACCUCAUGGAGGACGGGCGGCUGGUGUGCAAGGAGGACUACGAGACGGCCAAGCAGAACGAUGACUCUGAGGCCGGAGCGAAGCGGCCCCGGACCACCAUCACAGCCAAGCAGCUGGAGACGUUAAAGAAUGCUUACAAGAACUCCCCCAAGCCUGCCCGGCACGUGAGGGAGCAGCUGUCCUCGGAGACCGGCCUGGACAUGAGGGUCGUACAGGUUUGGUUUCAGAACAGAAGGGCCAAGGAGAAGCGCCUGAAGAAGGACGCGGGGCGGCAUCGCUGGGGGCAGUUCUAUAAGAGCGUCAAGAGGAGCCGGGGAGGCAGCAAGCAGGAGAGGGAGAGCUCUGCCGAGGACUGUGGGGUUAGUGACAGCGAGCUGAGCUUCCGAGAGGAUCAAAUUCUCUCAGAACUUGGCCACACCAAUAGGAUUUAUGGCAACGUGGGGGACGUUACAGGCGGACAGUUAAUGAAUGGGAGCUUCUCCAUGGACGGGACAGGACAAUCCUAUCAGGACUUGAGGGAUGGGAGCCCCUAUGGAAUUCCCCAGUCUCCAUCCUCCACAUCGUCCUUGCCAUCCCACGCUCCUUUGCUCAAUGGGCUGGAUUACACGGUGGACAGUAAUUUGGGCAUCAUUGCGCAUGCAGGGCAGGGAGUGAGCCAGACGCUGAGAGCCAUGGCUGGGGGACCCACCUCUGACAUCUCCACAGGAAGCAGUGUAGGCUACCCUGACUUUCCAACGAGCCCCGCCUCUUGGCUCGAUGAAAUGGAUCAUCCUCCUUUUUAAACAUCUCUCCUCCCCACCCUACCCAUCCCGGCUUGAGAGAGUAUCUUCAAGGAUCAAAAGAGACUUGCCUUUUAAGGAUCAA